AGUCUGUGUUUUCACAUAGAGCUGUGAGCAGGAGACUGUGGUACUGCCUAAUCUAACUAUGAGCCAUGAGCCAUGGCACCUGGAAUUAUGUUACACAUUGGACUCAUGUUUUCAUUUAGUAAUGCAUGAGCAUACACAGUGAGGUUUUAGAUACAUCUAAUUUUGACAUCCAAAGGAAAUCUAUUAUUCAGGAAAAAGGAAUUGUAAGAAAGUAGGAAGUAACUUCUAUUCUUGGAUUGGAUUCAAAGUGUUUGGCAUAGAGAUAAUACAGGUAUGUUUCAGUGUUCUAAGUCUUGUGGUAAUAUGUUUGACCAACAUUUAUUUUCUUGUUCUUUGGGUUUGUAAAUUGAGAUGCAGCGCUGUGUGCAUGCCUGUGUGUCCAACAUCCCGGGCCACUUACUUUGGGGGCGAUGUGCGCUCAGCAGGAGCCAGAGUUUGUUGAAUUUAAGCCGAUUCUCCAGGCAAAUGAGCAGUUGGAGACAUCUGGAGAACAGCAGUGUGCCCUCUUCUCAGGAAAAGCCCCGAGUUCUGAUUACAGGUGGUCUGGGGCAGCUGGGUGUGGGGCUUGCGGAGAUGCUAAGGAAACAGUAUGGAACAGAUAAUGUGAUUCUAUCAGAUAUUAAGAAGCCACCACCUGAUGUAUUUCGCAGCGGCCCAUUUGUAUAUGCUGAUGUUCUGGACUACAAGCAUCUUAGAGAACUGAUUAUAAAUAACCAAAUCACUUGGCUGGUUCAUUAUAGCGCUCUGCUUAGUGCUGUAGGCGAGGCAAACGUGGCAUUGGCUCGCAAAAUAAACAUUACAGGCCUUCACAAUGUGUUGGACUUGGCUCUUGAGAACUGCCUUCGCCUCUUUGUUCCCAGUACCAUAGGAGCCUUUGGUCCCUCCUCACCCAGAGACCCAGUUCCUGACCUUUGUGUCCAAAGACCUCGAACAAUCUAUGGGGUCUCCAAAGUGCAUGGAGAACUAAUGGGAGAGUAUCUGCAUCAUAAACAUGGCUUGGACUUUCGGUGCCUGCGUUAUCCAGGUGUGAUAUCUGUAAACACACCACCUGGUGGAGGAACAACUGAUUAUGCAGUUCAGAUCUUUCAUGACGCUCUCAGUACAGGUCACCAUGAGUGUUACCUUCGUCCAGAUACUCGCCUUCCAAUGAUGCAUAUCUCAGACUGUCAUCGAGCUACAGUGGAGUUCAUGCAAGCUCCUGAGUGCCAGCUUUCUUUACGUACAUAUAACAUUGCAGCAAUGAGCUUCACUCCAGAAGAAGUAGCACAGGAAAUACGUAAGCAUCUCCCUCAACUCAAAGUCACCUACAGCCCUGAUUCUGUGCGCCAGACAAUUGCUGACAGUUGGCCAGUGAGAUUUGAUGACUCAAAUGCAAGGAGAGAUUGGGGAUGGGCACCAGCCUUUGGACUAGAGGAGCUUGUCUCAGAUAUGCUACAUACAAUUCGGAACAAAAGGACCAAUGAAGGAUUAAUUGUAAACUCAUUGUAAAAGAAUUUAAGGAACAUCUCACACAUUGUAAAAUAUUUUAGAAUUUGUCUGCAAAACAAAAAAUACUGAAAAAAUUGCUUUUAUGCAAUUUUACAGUUAACAUGAUUUUUCAGGGAACUGUAUAUUUUAAUUUGUCAUUUUUAUUUCAUUGUAAUCACAUAUUUUAUUUACAUAAAGUUAUUUUUCAUUGUAAGAUUUUUUCCCCCUCUUAAAUAAUAUGAUAAUAUCAUAGACCAGUCUUUACAACAUAAUCUACAAAAUAAUUAGCAAUUACUAUUAUAAGUAACAUUUUACAUUUAGAUCCAUUCACAAAGCCUAUUCUUUCAUAUUUUGCUGCUAGUGUGAUUUUAUAUCAUUUGUAUUCACUAUUAUUAUAAACAGAUCCAGGUACUGGGUUGUGUGUAGUGUUAAUUUCCAACAAAACCAUGGGUUACUAAUAAACCUAUGUAUUUAUUAUUUAUCUAUUCAUCUGAUGCGGAGCCUGUUGUGUUGUGAUUGUUAUAGUAAUGUAAUUAGUCUGACAAUAAAUACCUAAUUUUUCAAUGUGAACAUAUACUGUCUUCUUCACCAGCUUGAUUAAACUCAUCUAUCACCUUUGACUCCUUUAUUGUCUAGUUGUAACGAUGAAGCCCAUCGGAGAAGAAAAUAGGAGAAGCAAACAAAAUUAGAGAAUGGCAUAU